GUGCUUUACACUUUUCCCCUCCUGUUCUUGCUUUCGACUAUUGCUCUACUACGCCUCCGACGUACUCUUACGAUUGUACCAUGCCAGAUGCACGACUGGUCGAUACAAAGUCCACUUUUGCUUCGUUUUCACACAUUCUAGAUGCCAGAAUACUUCGAGCAUUGGCCGAUUUGGGCUUUGCUAGGCCGACCCUCGUUCAGACAAAAGCCAUACCUUUGGCACUAGAGAACCGCGAUAUCCUUGCCAGAGCGCGUACUGGCAGUGGAAAGACUGCGGCGUACUGUAUACCCUUGGUUCAGAAGGUGUUGAAUGUGAAAUCGUCUGCUUCUUCGUCAGGAAGUCCUUCACAAGCAACUCGUGCUCUUAUCCUGGUUCCUACUCGAGAACUUUCAGAGCAGGUUACUGCACACCUGCGAAGUAUUAUUACGUAUUGUGACAAAGAUGUCUCUAUCUGCAACGUUUGCUCUGGAACAAUCAACCAUCUGCAACGUUCUGUCUUAUCGGACAAGCCAGAUAUUGUUAUCGCAACGCCCUCCAAAACGCUGGCUCUACUGCAGUCAAAGACAUUGUCAUUGGCGCAUCUAGAAACGCUAGUCAUCGAUGAGGCGGACUUGAUCCUGUCAUACGGCCAUGAUGACGACGUUCGUCAGAUUUUCGGAGGUGGUCACUUACCCAAAGUCUUCCAGACCUUUCUUAUGAGUGCCACCAUGACCGAGGACGUUGAGACAUUGAAGGGUCUGGCGCUCCGAAGUCCCGUAAUUUUGAAGCUCGAGGAAGACGAGGAUGAAGCAGCUAACCUUACACAAUACUCUGUCCAAACGUCGGAAGUCGACAAAUUCCUUCUCAUUUACGUCAUUCUCAAGCUCAAACUCAUCAAGGGUAAAUGUAUCAUAUUCGUCAAUGACGUGGAAAGGUGUUAUCGACUCAAGCUUUUCUUGGAGCAAUUUUCAAUAAAGAGUUGUGUGUUGAAUUCCGAGCUUCCGUUGAAUUCGAGGUAUCAUGUCGUCCAGGAGUUCAAUAAGGGCGUUUAUGACUAUAUAAUCGCAUCUGAUGAGGGAGUAGGCAAAACCGAGCAUGAUUCUGAUGACGAGGACGAUGAGGUUGCGGUAGAGGAAGAGUUCACCUCCACGCAACGAGAGCCUGAACCCGAUAGUGACGUUGAGGCAGAAGGAAGUGACGCCAAUGCCGAAUCCAGCACACCUCGAAAACGGAAACUGCAGAGUGUUUCCACCAGUGAACCUGACUCCAAGUCUCGCAGGCGCAAAAAGGGACGCAAGGCGACGGACAAGGAAUAUGGAGUCUCUCGUGGUGUAGACUUCAUCGAUGUUUCCUGUGUCAUCAACUUUGACCUUCCGUCUUCAUCACGAUCCUACACACAUCGCGUUGGUCGUACAGCUCGUGCGGGACGUACUGGAAUGUCUCUCUCCUUCGUCGUACCGGAAAAGGAGUGGGGAAAGAAUAAGGUCGUUGGAUGUGUGGAGAGCACGAAGAAGGAUACGAACAUUUUUACGAGAAUCGAGAAAGAACAGGCUGCCAGGGGAAGUAAGAUCAAGGAGUAUCAGUUUGACAUGAAACAGGUUGAGGCGUUCAGGUAUCGGAUGGAAGAUGCUUUGAGGGCGGUGACGAGGAGUGCAAUCAGGGAAGCGAGAAUCAAGGAAUUGAAGACCGAGAUUUUGAAUUCAGAAAAGCUGAAGGCUCACUUCGAAGACAAUCCCAAUGACUUGGAAUAUCUUCGACACGAUAAACCUCUCCAUCCUACACGUGUCCAGUCGCACAUGAAGCACGUUCCGAAGUACCUUCUUCCUCGCAUCGCUCCGGUCGCUGCCACGGAGUCGAGCGAAGGAAAUCAAGAGGUCGGCUUCGUGCCAUUCAAGAAGAACAGUUCAACUCGAGGUAGGGGACGAGGACGGGGAGGGAGAGGUAGUAAUGGCGGACGAGGUGGGAGGAAGAAAGCGGAUCCUCUGCGGAAGUUCGGUCUAUAGAUGUUUCUACGUCACCGUAACAUGGUGUGUCCCAUCCAGUCCAUACGUUCGCGUUUCGGAGGAGUUUAGUGCCAUGUGGCUGAAUCAACCAGCUCGGCUAAGAACGGAUUGUCUCAUUUUACAUUGUUCGCUGAGUGGCAAUCCUGAAUAUAAGCCCAUGCUGGCAUCGUAUCGUAUCAGUACUUUCCCCUCUGCUUUCAUCCAUCGUUAAUUCAGGAAAAACAUUCCUUUUC